AUGACAGUGCCGGUGUACAUUGCUGAGGCUUCUCCUCCACACCUCAGGGGUCAGCUGGUUACAGUCAACAUGCUCUUCAUCACCGGUGGACAGUUCACUGCCAGCCUCAUCGAUGGUGCCUUCAGCUACAUGCAGCGGGAUGGCUGGAGCACCAACUCCGGUUCCUUCCCCACCAGAGAGGAGACCUCCCAUGUCCCAAAAGCCAGUUUCGGGAUCGGACGGCCAAGGCCCCAGUCUUUGUCUGCUGCCCAAUCCCCACUGCACCAGACCCCUGUGACUCCCCCUGCGGGUGGUGAACCAACAGGAGGACAAAUCCAUCUCAUCCAUCCAGGCUGGGCCCGACCAGGCCUCAUGGGUAAAGGCCUGGCCACCAGGUACAUGUUGGGUCUCUCCGUGCUUCCUGCUGUACUUCAGUUCAUCGGGUUCCUUUUCCUGCCGGAGAGCCCUCGCUGGUUAAUCAAGUGCGGGCUGACCCAGAAGGCCCGUCGCGUGCUCAGCCAGAUCCGAGGAAACCAGAACAUUGACGAGGAAUAUGAUAGUAUCAAGAACAGCAUCGACGAGGAGGAAAGCGGAGGAGAUGGCCCUGUGAUCUGGCGGAUGCUGACCUAUCCCCCCACUCGGCGAGCCCUCGUGGUGGGCUGUGGCCUUCAGAUGUUCCAGCAGCUUUCAGGAAUCAACACGGUCAUGUACUACAGUGCCACCAUCCUACAGAUGUCAGGAGUGCGGGAUGACAGGCUUGCAAUCUGGCUGGCUGGACUCACCACCCUCACCAACUUCCUCUUUACCCUGCUAGGAGUGUGGCUGGUAGAUAGAGUGGGGCGCAGGAAGCUCAUCUUAGGCAGUAUCAUAGGUACAAGUUUGAGCUUGGGUCUCUUGGCCAUUGGGUUUCUGGUAUCUGCUCAGCACAGUCCUCCUGUCUCCUUCCAUCCAUUGGACCCAUCGUUGGCCAACACUACCUGCUCCAGUUACCAGUGGUGUGAGCCCUGUAUGCUGGACCCAAGAUGUGGUUUCUGUUACCGUGAGAAUGGCUCAGCACUCCUCACCUCCUCCUGUGUUCCAGUCAAUAAGGCCACCACUGAGCAGGCAGCAUGGGGCAGAUGCUCCAAUUCCAGCCUGAUGAAAGAUCAGACCUACUGGGCGUACAACUACUGUCCCACCUCCUACUCUUGGCUAGUUUUACUGGGACUGGUGCUCUACUUGGCGGCUUUUGCUCCAGGGAUGGGACCAAUGCCAUGGACAAUCAACUCAGAGAUCUACCCUCUGUGGGCAAGGAGUACAGGGAAUGCAUGUGCAGCUGGGGUUAACUGGACCUUCAACAUCCUGGUGUCAGUCACUUUUCUCCACAUGGCACAGUAUUUCACUUACUAUGGAGCUUUUUUCCUCUACUCCAGCUUGGCUUUGCUGGGUUUCUUCUUCAUAUUCGGGUGCCUGCCAGAAACAAAAGGCCGACGUCUGGAGGAGAUAGAAGCUCUGUUUGAAAACCAGCUUUGUUCCUGCGGAGCCUCAGAUUCGGACGAGGGAAGGCAGGUCGAAUACAUCCGAGUCAAAGGGUCCAACUACCAUCUAUCGGACAACGAUGCAUCUGAUGUGGACUAGGCUGUUUCUGUGUGUGUAGACUUCAUUUCGGGUGUUUCAUGCACUUUGGUGAUAAUAACUUAGUAGUAGUGAUGUUCGUUACAUUUGUAUUUUCCCCUGUGUAAGCUGGGAGACCAAUGGUCUAUAAUGAGGUAGAGAAUCUUACAGUUUUAAGGCCUUUUGCUUGCUUCAGGAGUGUGAUGGAGUUCACUUUCAAUGCAGGAAUCCACAAUCAAUGGUAGUGCUUCGGCAGUUAGCAGACUGAUUAUCAACAUUUUAUUUUUUAACCUAUUUUCGAAAUUGAAUGCAAACUGACUCCAGUGGUCAACCAUGUACCCUAAAUAUCUCCAUUGUGAUAGGCUUAAACUUAGAGCUGGGCGAU